AUGGAUUCCCCAGCAAAAAAACGGAAAACAAGCGAGACCACAGGCAUUUCUGUGGCGCCAAAGCCUCCUCAAAAUGACACCCAUCGGUCGAGACGGCCCUCCUUCCAGUCUCCAACAAAGGCCAGUCUUGCACGAUCACACCCCGAUCUAUUAGAGCGCGCAAUCAGCAGAUCUCCUACCCGACGACCAGCAAGCAAAGACAUCGCACAACAAGACCCUCGAAAAUUUGGAUUACGCGAUCGCAAAGCGCUCCGACCCUCGCUCAAUGCCUCCGCAAGUCCCCUCAUUCGACCUCGAGGCUCUGAAGCACCUGAAAGUUCCCCCAACCGGCGCUCAAGUGGUGUUCAAGCGUUCUCGAAACCCCCGCGCAGGAUUUCAAGAAGGAUUCUCCCAGGAGAUUUUGUGUUUGGGUCCCCAAUGCCACGGCCAGAGAAUCCCGAAUCAAAUACCCCCGAGCGUCAAUUGGCAUUGGAAUUGGGCAGCGCCACAAAAGAAGCAGAUAUCGAUAUGGGUCUGGAAAAGGCUCCGGAUCGACCCAGAGGGCUGUUGAGUAGCAGUCCUAGUAGACGACAGGAGAAACGAGCAAAGCGACGAACUGCCAAUGCAUUGCAUGAAAGCCCACUUAAGGCAGUAAACUUCCAAUCGCCCCCACCGGAGGGUUUGGAUACAGCUUCAGACCUAGGUGGAGUUUCCGCGGCUGUUCGCGAGAAACGCAAUUCGCGCGAGAAGAGCGCUGCGGAUUUGCGACGGCUGAGAAAGGAAGUUGAAGAACUGGAAGCAUGGGCAAAGAAAAUAGAGUCCGAUCCCGACUUGAAAAGUGAUACCAGAGGGCUCGACCAAUUUCUGUCUUUGCUCACAUCGGAAGAGGCAAAUCUUACAAGUCUCCCAGUGCCCAAAACAGCUCCAAAAUCAAUAUCAUCCCUCCUCGCCACUUUACUCCCAUUCUCCGCCAAUAUCCCUCGCCCAAAACGUGAAUUAUCACCGCUACCAACAAAUCCAUUUGCCCUACAAGAAGCCUCCCAAUCACUGCCAUACCUGACAGCCUUCGCACCCUUAACCCUCAAGACCCGCACAACUCGGUCUGCCUACUGGCAGCGACAGCAAAAAAGAAAAGCCCCCGAAACUCUGCGCCGAUGGAUUGAUACCCGUUUAGAGAACCCUCUCUUGAAACUCGACGUGGCAACUCUAUGCUGGGGUAUCAACCGGUACUGGGAAUCUGCAAUCACUCGUGCUCGUUUGUGGGCACACAUUGACCACAAGUAUGGCCCUCGGGCCUUGCAGAGCAGAAAGGAUACUGCCCCGGAAAGCAAGAACGGUGUUAUCUCACUAUCUGAACUGCGACGAUUGGUCCCGCAUUUGGAUCGGAGUGCCAUGGUCAUCACGCCAAAAUCAUCUGAUUCCAGUCCCCGAGUACUCUUGUCUAAUAAUUUGGUGUUGGACGAGUGGACCGGAGAGCCUCAACUGCGGCCUGAGAUUAGCGUGUCGAUCCCUGGGGUAGAUAAGAAAAUCGACCAGGAGACGAAGAAGCUUUUCCAUGCGUUGUUACGUGAGGAUGGCGCUUUGGUUACGCGAGGUGUGGAGGGUGGUAUUCAUGUUGAUGCGGUGGUAAGGGCGACUGAAGGUGCUCUUGGUGCUUUGUUCGGUGGUCUUUGA